GCUUUAUCAGUCAACCGUGGUCACACGCUGAACAAUCUCUUCUCUCCCAAAUGUCAACCACCAUCGCUUUGUUACUUGUUCACCUCCACCUACUCCUGUGCGGCCAUGGCGCCGCCGCCGUCGCAGCAACGGCGACACCGCCGCCUCUCCCGAUUCUGCCCGUCCCUUCCUACGCGCAGCUCCAGUGGCAGCUCUCCGAGAUGGCCCUCUUCAUCCACUUCGGGCCCAACACCUUCACGGACUCCGAGUGGGGCUCCGGUCACGCCGACCCCGCCGUGUUCGCGCCGUCCGCGCUCGACGCCGGCCAAUGGGCGCGCGUCGCGGCGGAGGGAGGGUUCGGCCGCGUGGUGCUCACGGCCAAGCACCACGACGGGUUCUGCCUCUGGCCGUCGGCGCUGACGGACUACUCGGUGGCCGCCUCGCCGUGGCGGGGUGGGGCGGGGGACGUCGUCGGCGAGCUCUCGGCCGCCGCGCGCGCGGAGGGGAUCGGGCUGGGGCUGUACCUGUCGCCGUGGGACCGCCACGAGCCGGUGUACGGCGACACGGUCGCGUACAAUGAGCACUACAUGGGCCAAAUGACGGAAUUGCUCACCAGGUAUGGAGAUGUGGAGGAAGUUUGGCUUGAUGGUGCAAAGGGCGACGACAUGUACAUGGAUUACAUGUUUGAUGCCUGGUUUGCGCUUAUCCAUCAGCUCCAGCGAAGGGUGGUUAUCUUCUCAGAUGCUGGACCAGAUACUAGAUGGGUAGGAGACGAGGCGGGGAUUGCGGGCCGUACUUGCUGGUCUCCUUUCAACAAGACUGUUGUGACAAUUGGACAUAUCAUUCCUGAAUACUCACAAAGUGGGGAUCAAUUUGGUGAAGAAUGGGUUCCUGCAGAAUGUGAUGUUUCCAUCAGGCCAGGAUGGUUCUGGCAUGCCUCAGAGAAACCAAAAAGUGCUGUAACCCUGCUUGACAUAUACUACAAAUCAGUUGGUAGAAAUUGUCUCCUCAUAUUGAAUGUUCCUCCCAAUUCAUCCGGGCUUAUUUCCGACGAAGAUAUGCAAGUCCUUCAGGAAUUCACCGAGAUCCGACAGACAAUUUUCUCUCACAACUUUGCUGCCAACGCGACUGUCACAGCAAGCAGUGUGCGUGGUGGGUUGGAGAACCUGCAGUUUGCACCCUCCAACGCCCUCCGAGAUAGCAUAUACUCCUACUGGGCACCACAGGAAGGGCAGACAAGCUGGGAAAUGCUCUUCGACCUCGGGCGAUCCACUUCCUUCAACUUGCUCCAGCUCCAGGAGCCUAUCCAGAUGGGCCAGCGUGUGAUCGAGUUCCAUGUGGAUGUCCUACUGGGUGGACUGUGGCAAACAAUUCUUGAAGGCACGACAAUUGGGUACAAGAGGCUGCUCCGGUUCCCUGCCGUCGAAGCCCGGUACCUGAAGCUAUGUGUCGACAGUGCACGUGCAGACCCACUGAUUGCAUUCGUCGGCGUUUUCAUGGACCCCUUCUCGGAUGCAUAUGGUUUAGACCAUGAGAAGCCAUCCCAUACUAAUAGCAGUGAAGUCAUAAUGUUAAGGAGAGGCCAUGCUGCUGCCAACAGGAGUACUGCUGCAAUGUAAGCCCGAGCGCAGUUUGUGAAGUGCCACUUCAGAUUUCCCAGUGUCAUGUUUCAUCAUCACCUGGCCCUUGUUUUGGGAUCAACAUGGUGUCCGUGUAUAUCUUACGAUUCGAUUGAAGACGAAGCGCGUGGUGUUCGAUGGUAAAGCGGUACGUGUGCACAUAUUUUCCGUCAGUAUGGAUUGUUCUUCGAAGCAUUCUGAAGUAACAAAUUUAGUUUCUGCAACCAAGCAUGGUUGAUCAUCCUUUGUACUUUCCCAGGCCAGUUCUUGUUCUGAAAAAAUCGCUGUAGAAUGGUGUGAUCAGAAACCUUGUACACUAGUUCCUGAAUAAUGUGAUUUUUCUUUUGAA